GUCCGCCAUUUGCCUAAAUUGCAAUGCUUACCACAGAUAUGUAUAUUAAACAUAAAUAUAUUAUUUAUAUAUUUAUUUAAUAUACACAUCUGUGAUGCUUACAUUGUUAUGUGAUAACACGAUAUAGGUAACUGACAAAAUCGUUGUGGUUUACGGAGUACGGACUACGGUCUUCCAGGUUUCAAGUUUCGAUUUAUUAAAAAAUAUGAAUAUAAUAAAGUCUUUCGAGUUUUGACUUAUAACUUUCGUGUUAAUUUUGUGAUCAUGGUUUAUUCUUGUUGUGUACACGGUUGCUCUAAUCGUCAAGGAAAAACUGUCGAUUUCCGAAAAAUCCACUUUUUUUCGUUUCCUUUAAAAGACCCAAAGAGAGUAGCCAAAUGGUUAUUAGCAAUUGGACGUACAGACUUCACCGCUACUAAGUUUAGUAAAGUUUGCUCUGAUCAUUUUGUAUAUGAUGACUUUAAAUCAAAUGUUGAUGGACUUUAUCGUUUAGAUCUGAAAGAAAAUGUUGUACCUUCUGUAUUUAAUUUUACUACAGAAUUGUUGGCAAAACAAGCAAAAUUAUUAAACACCACAAACUCUGAUGCCCUCAAAAUAUGUGAAUUAGAGCCAAUUAAUUUUCCACCAUUAAGAUCUCCAAGCGCAGCUAAUCUUAAAGAAAUUGAUUUACCAGCCACCAGUUCUACGUCUAGUGUUCAACUUCAUAAGACUCCUUCAAAAGUAUAAGAGUACUGCGAUGUUCGGCAACUUCAAAACAAAAAUUACCAGAUACUCCUAGAGAGAAAGCUCUGUAUCGCAAAAUUCAUUUAUUACCA